AUGCAAAUUCUCACUUCAACCAUCUUUAUCACCCUCCUCGGCGUUGCUGCCGCUUUCCCGGGCCUCACUCCUCGCCAGAACUUAAAGAAUGGAAUUCUCAUUUGCCCCAACGCCGAGGCAACCUUCGCUGACCCGAAAGUCAGCAUGGGUGCGGUUUGUACCCGCACUUACAGCUGCCAAUACGGCAGUGAUGGUAUCAAGAGCGGCAAUAUCUGGACCAACUCUUGCACUGGUUGCCCUCCUGAUCAGAAUGUCAACUCUUUUGGCAACUGUGUUUUUCAGUUUACCUUGGCUCAAGCUUUUAUUUGA